GGAAGCGGGGUGAAGAUGUGCAUUCGCAGCACGAUUCUCUCUUCACUGUCUUUGUUGUUGUUGUUGUUGUUGUUGCAAUUCGCGUACUGUAGAGUUACUUCUUACUGCAGCUCGGUUCCUGAAGCUCACUACCUCCUACCCAGUUUAGUUUGGUGUAGAGAUUGGAUUUGGGGGUGUAGAGCAUUUCGAGGAUCUGGGUAUUAAGAGCGUGGUUGCGGAUAGUUUUGAGGUGAGUGCUUUCCUGUCAGUGUAUACGUUCCGAGGAGAGUGGGAGCUUCUGGUUUUCCGUGACGAGAAGGUCCUGACAGGUGUUUGGUGUUGGUUUCCACUAGCGGCAAGGAGCCAUGGCCUCCAUAACGAAUCAAGGAGCUCAAGCAAGUGGGCUUAGAGAGUGUUCUAUAUCAAAUUCAAUGCGUUCUUCAAUCGGUCACAAGGCGAUGAACGUGUGCAUGACCCCGUCUACUUCCUCGGCGUCUUCAACUUUUUUCUCCUCUAAACGGCUACAUGGCACCCACUCCACGCCGAGGCGAAUUAAUCUAUCUGCUGGAAGUGCGUCCAUCAGGUCGUCAAUUGAGGCCCCCAAAGCUGCUAAAGAGGCAGUAGAAAACGUGAAGAAUGCACCUAAUGCUACCAUGGAAGCUGUGGAAGGUGCAAUCAAGGCUGUGGAAGGUACUGCCGAGGCUGUGACAGAUGCUGCUAAGCCCCAGCUCAAGCGCUCUCGGAGCCAUCACAAAGCCCGAGGUGGCAACAUCAAGGCAGAUCCUCUCAGAGUAAUCAUGUUUCAGGGGUUCAACUGGGAGUCGUGGAAGAGCUCGUGCUGGUAUGAUGUCAUGGGCGAGACUGCGGAAGAUCUAGCAGCAGCAGGCAUUACUGAUGUCUGGUUUCCUCCUUCUAGCCAUUCCGUGUCCCCCCAGGGAUACAUGCCAGGAAGGCUUUACGAUUUGAACGACUGUAAAUAUGGCAAUGAAGAGAAGCUGAGGGAAACCAUUGAAAAGUUUCACAGAGUGGGAGUUCGGUGCAUUGCUGAUAUUGUCGUGAAUCAUAGAUGCGGUGAAGAACAAGACGAGAGGGGUGAAUGGGUUAUUUUUGAAGGAGGAACGCCCGAUGAUGCUCUCGACUGGGGUCCUUGGGCUAUAGUCGGAGAUGACUAUCCCUAUGGUAACGGAACAGGUGCUCCCGACACCGGAGAUGACUUUGAGGCUGCACCCGACAUUGAUCACACAAACGAUAUCGUUCAAAGCGACCUUAUCGUCUGGAUGAAUUGGAUGAAGUUCAAAAUUGGGUUUGAUGGGUGGAGAUUCGACUUUGCCAAGGGUUACGGUGGAUACUUCGUCGGUCGCUACAUCAGAAAAACUGAACCACAGUUUGCAGUUGGGGAGUUCUGGACGAGCUUGAAUUACGGACAUGACGGUCUGGAAUACAACCAGGAUAGUCACAGGCAGCAACUGGUUGAUUGGAUCCACGCAACGAAGGAGAGGUCCACUGCAUUCGAUUUCACCACCAAGGGUAUCUUGCAAGAGGCCGUGAAAGGUCAGCUGUGGCGGCUGCGGGAUCCGAACAGCAAGCCACCAGGGUUGAUCGGUUAUUGGCCUUCAAAAGCAGUAACGUUUCUCGACAACCAUGACACAGGAUCUACACAAGGACACUGGCCUUUUCCUGGUGAACAUAUCAUGCAAGGCUAUGCUUACAUACUCACUCAUCCUGGCAACCCUUGUAUCUUCUACGACCAUUUCUAUGAUUGGGGUUUGAAAGAGGAGAUCAAAACGCUUAUUGACGUGCGCAAGCGGAAUGACAUCAAUGCGAAGAGCAAAGUGCACAUUUGUUGCGCUGAGCACGAUUUGUACGUUGCGAAGAUAGAUGAUCGUGUCAUCCUCAAGAUGGGGCCCCGAUAUGACAUAGGCGAUCUAGCUCCAAACUGCGACGAAUAUAAAAUUGCAGCUGUGGGAAAAGACUACUGCGUAUGGGAGAAGUGUACAUAAUUUCUUACAGAGGGUUGCAUUUAUCUUCAAGCGGGGCCUAGCCAGCCGACGCGUGUGGAAUGUAGUUUCCUAAUCCGUGUAGCUAUUUUUUCAGUAUCAAUGUAUUGUUUUUAAUUUUGGAGUGAAGCUGGUAAAGAUUUGAGACGUUUGAUGACGUAUGUCACGUUUACUACCUGCUUCAGAAGCGAGCGUGAGACACUUCAUCAAUCUUCUGCCAAUAUCAAUCUUCAGGAACAAUUCGUGUACAGGAGAAGUAACUUAUUUAGAGUAGAAUAGUGCGCCGUUACUAUUCCUCAGCCAUGUUCUGAGGUACCACUUAUGUUACAACUCGUUUAAAAUAUAUAUAUCGCUCUAUUGGAGUGUAACAUUUGAUGUUUUAA